AUGGCACAUUUUGAUGAAAGAAUUGGUAUAGUUCCCUGUAAAACAGAAUGGGGACAGUGGUGGCAAACCGUUGACGAGGUUUACAUUGAGAUAAAUUCAUCUUCACAGCUCAAAGCCAAGGAAGUCAAAUGCGCUAUAACCCCGAAACAUAUUCGCGUUGAAAUCAAAGGGAAUUUAAUUUUUGAGGGUGAUUUCUGUGAACCGGUGCAUGCUGAUGAAGCGCUGUGGACGUUAGAGGAUAAGUGUCUGAUCAGGAUAUGUCUCAGUAAAGCUCACAAUACAGCCGCCCACUGUUGGCCUUCACUUCUGCAGGGAAAGUAUCAAGCUGACCCUUAUACCUUUGAUGAAAUGCAAAAGAAGUUAACACUUCAGCGCUUUCAGUUAGAGAACCCAGGCAUGGAUUUCAGUGGGGCCUCAAUGACAGGAAACUACCAUGGAGGAGGACCACAACUGCCUAGCUAA